CGACGACGAGCGCUACAACGAACACGACCACGAAUAGGUUUCCGCACUCGCUCCGGCCAGACAAUGAACACGACGCCCAACUUUGACGACGAAUUUGACGCGCGCGCCGAGUACGACGACGACGCCGACACCGCGUCCCAACGUUCCAUAUCCCUCUCAUCCCCAGCAGUCUCCAACCGAAACUCGAAAGCGGAACCCAGCUCGCCUCUGAAACGCGAGUCUCAUCCGUACACAGUAUCGACAGACGCGAGCUCCGAGCGUGAUGAUACCAGUCUAUGGACACGACCGAGUUCGGUCACGUCUGCUGCACCUUCGACGUUUGGGGCGGAUGAGACGGUGACGAAUUUGUCGAGCUUGGGGACGAAGUCGCCGCCGGCUGUGGUGUACCCUCCGCCACCGCUGAGUGCGGGGAUGCAGUCGGAUGCUUCGUUUGAGACGACGACGUCGUAUUCGAAGAAGGCGAGGCCAGAGUCUAUGCUUGUUCAAGCACCGAAGGGGCCGCUUGUGUUGGGAAUUGCUCUCGUUGACUUCAAUCACCAGGUCGGACCACGAAUAGAGUUUUCGAAGGGGGAUAUCUUCGAUGACGAAGAGAUAUCUACGAUCUUGCCCUUUGUGGCACUUCCGGACGGCGCACACCUAAGUGCAGAAGAUUACUGCUACUUUCAUCUCGUUCCCGCAUCACCAAAUCCUACAACAGUGUUCGGGAUCUCAUGUAAUCGCCAAAUAGCUACAUCCUCCUUACUCGUUAAGGAAGAUGAUAUGACCCGUUCCACGGUACAAAAGGCUGUCGUUGUCCUUUGUUCGAAACCGCUUUUUGGUCCUAUAAGGGACCGGCUGGGUGUCGUCACCAUGGCGCUAUUCGAACAGAAGGAUUUCACCGAGACGGGCAUCCUGGUUGAUUUUUACGACUCGCUGGAACACUCGCUGCGGAGUCAGCUCACAGAGAGCGGAUUGUAUAUGGGGACCAGCCUUCGUGAGCUGGUGCACCAGUUCCGACAACGAACGCUCGUGCUCUUGAAAGCGCUCAUCCUACAAAAGAAGAUCAUGUUUUACGGUCACCCUGUGGAAACCCUCUGCACAUACCAAUACUCCCUCAUUUCUCUCAUACCAGGACUCCUCCAAGCCCUCGACGACAGUGGCUCCCCACCCCUUGCCUCCCGCGCCAAAAGUCUCUCCCGCCCAAACUCCCUCCGCACCUCCGACCGCAAAUCGCUCAUGGCCUACCUCGGCCUCCCCCUCGACCUCUUCGGCAAAGACGCGUUCUUCCAGCCUUACCUCCCGCUGCAACAGCUGGAUAUCAUCAAAGGCCAGAUGACGAAAUCGUUCCUGUGUGGAAGUACCAAUUCGAUCGUGACGCAGCAGAAGGAUGUGGAGGUGCUGGUGAACAUCGAGAGUGGGGUGUUGGAGUUUAAGGAUAGGGAGGGGAAGUUGGAGAGGACGGUCGGGCUGACGGCGGCGGAUAGGAAGUGGAUGGAUGAGAUUGUUAGGGAGGUUAAUGAGGGAUGGGAGGAGGAGGAAGCAGGGAGAGGGAUGCAGAGGUUUAAGGGCAGUGAUGAUUAUCUCAGGAUUAAGUUUGAGGAGUACAUUUCGGCGGCCCUCUCGUCCGUCAAGUAUGCGGACUUCCUUGCUAAGGGGGAAAAUAGCGGCGUUCUCAUCACACCGGGAAGCGGUGCGGACUCCAGCUCAGUCGCCGACUUCAAUCCGGUUUGGAUCGCCGAAUUCAAGCGUACGAACGCCUACGAAGUGUGGCAACGCGUCACAGACCCCAUGUUGUUCGACAUCGUUGAGCCCCGUCACCCAUGCAACGAACGUCCAAGCGCCAUAGCCGACAUCUCCCUCCGUCUCUCCGAAGGCAUCCAAGAACUAAAACUCGACCAACAGCUCGCUCCGACUCGGGAGGCCAUCUCGCGUACAUUCAACGCUGGAUCAACAGGUUUCUUUAAAGCCGUCGAGGGCGUCAGAGGAAGAUGGAUGCAGAGGGGGACUUCGUCGACUUCAGUCAACAGUGAUGGCAGUGCAACGAGCAAGAGUCCUACAGCGACUCCAGCGACGCUGGCCUCGGUACCGAGUACGCCUGCGAUGGAGUCGAUGACGGGUCCUAGUACGCGGGAGAUGAAAGAACCGGCGACACCGACGGCUUCGACGGGUAGUGCUAGUAGGCCACCGAGCAUCACUGCGGAUCAGGCGAAGGAGAGACUCACUUCGUGGGGAUCAGGGAUCGGGUCAUUCUUCUCCGCCAGAGCGCCACGAUUCUCCGUCUCUAAAGGUAAUCCACCACCACCAUCCGCACCGGCUUCAGCACAGAGCCCGACGACGCCUAUAGCGCAGAGUCCCACGUCGUUCACGUCUACGAGGGGAGUCGUUUCGGUCCUGGAAUCGCCAGACGCGGAGGAUGAUCGUGUGAUGACGAUGACUUCGCCCGUAAGUAGCAGUCGGUCGUUCGAUUCGGAGCUUAAAGGGGAUGGAGGGAAUGUUGUCGUUAGUCCUGGGACUUCGAUUUUGGAAUCGGAACGGUCUUCGUUGGCGUCGAGGGUUUCGGUGGAUGUCAUCCCCACGCCUGGGCUCGCUUUGUUAUCGACUGCUGCUCCUGUGACUGUUACGGUUCCUCCAUCUACGUCCUCGCCACCGCCAUCACGCACGCCCACGUUCGAGACGGAUAAGGAUAGUCAUCUAGAGUCUGAGGCAAAGGAGGAACAUGUGGAGGAGGAGCACGGAGAGGAGAAAGUGGAAGAUGAGCAUGAACACGAGCACGAGCACGAGCAUGAGAAGCCUGAGGUGGAGGCUGUGAUUCCAAGCAGGAGCUUGGAGAAGGAUGAUAUCGACACCCUCAGUCGUUCGGAUAUGACGUCGGAUGUAGAUGGAGACGACGCGUACGAUGCGUACGACGCGGUCGUCGACGAGACUCCAUCUUCGAAGGUAGACCACGAGGGGCCUGAGGAGUCAAAAUCGGACCACCAAGACUCGGAGCAUGAAGACGAACACGAACACGGACAUGACCACGACCACGCCGACCACGACCAUGACGACCACGACCAUACCUCUGACCAGGAACACGACGACCAUGAUUAUGAGGCUCGGACUGGGACAAGCGGGUCGCAGAGGAGUAGCAUCAUUGCGCUGAGUACGUCGUCGCGGUUGCGGGAUGAUGAUGAUCGGAGUGAUUAUGGCGGCCAUGGGCAAGGAGCUGGGGAUUUCGGAGUGGCGCUUUGAAGGCUUUACACUAGAAAGCAUGGGUUGUGUUUUGAGUAUUUAUAAUGUUACACAUCGUCGCGAUUCGAUUGAAUGGAGUGGCGUUUUUGCUUCCAUGUGGUUCGGUUUUCUGUUGAUAUACUCUAGCUUUCUUUUGUUUAUAAUUGAUUUUGUUCUGGC